AUGAGAGAAACUUUUGCAAAUUAUUAUGAUUUACGACCUCUAGAAAUAAAGAGGGAGAAUAGAGAUAUCAAAACUAAAACAUGGACAUGUUUUGGGAUGGUGACUGAAACAGCUUAUUUUAUAAGAUAGGACAAUAGGGCAAGAAUCCUAACACUGUGUUAGUACUUAGUAGGAAUAGUAAUAGUAAAAAAGAUUGAAAUAAAAAACGGACAAUUGAACCGGGUCUAAGAGCAACGACUCAAAUUACAAAUCUGGGUCCGGAGGCAGGCAGAGAAAGGCCCUAGUUUAUAUAUAGAUCCCCAGAGGAAGUUCAAGAAACUCUAAUAAACCCAGACGCAGACGUCGCCGGCUGCUCUCUCCGAUCUUGUGCCUCUGUUUUUUUUUCAAGCAUGUCCACCGAGGAGAACUUGUUUCUUAGCAGUGUGUUUCAAAGAAAAGAUGUAUCCCUUGACUUUGCAGUCCCAAGCAACAAGCGUGUGAUCAGAAUAUCGCACGCUAAGCUGACUGGAACCUGCUCUGGUGAUGGCCUUACAGACAUUGCCUAUCAUGAUAUAUGUACUCUAGCGGACCAUCAAGUUAUUGUCUCAGUCCCUGACUUCCUGCUUUUAUCCGAAAGGCAAUGUUAUACAGAGAAGAUGGCUGAAAUUCUUACCAAAUUGAAGGUCCCAGAAUUUGAGCAACCACCUAUCAUUGAUAAAAUAUUUAUGGAGGUUGAACUGGCUGACAACCCUGAGUGGCCUAUUGCUUGCUUUAUAAAGGAUAUCACCUUAUUUCAUCAGACGAUCAACCUGGCCUAUCAGUUAGAGAGUUUCGAGAAAGUGAGAAUUGAUAGUUUGGAAGAUACUGUUAGACAGCAACAAUGUGUCAUUUGUAAGGAGAGCCUUGAUCACUUUGAAGGUGUAGAAGAAGGCAUUGAUCGUGGUCAGCUGAUGAUUAUUCACUUGUCCUGCUCACAUCUUUAUCACGAAGAUUGCAUUUUCCAAUGGCUGGCGAAGAGUCAGUUGUGUCCCUUGUGUCGACACUCAAUGGCAGUUGUGGAACAGGCGACGCCGGUUGUUGAACAGGCGACGCCGGUUGUGGAACAGGCAAUUCUGGUUGUUGAACAGGCGAUGCCGGUUGUGGAACAGGCAGCUGAGCCAUCGAAACCGUCAUGGUGGCAUUUGCGUUGGCCUAUGCUGCUCACAGCAUCUGCGGGUGGUAUAUUAACGGCUAUGCUGGGACGGUGGCCUGUUAGAUCUGGCAAAUUCAUUCUGGACUUGCUUGAGAAUGCUGGGAUUGCUGAGAGUAAUGCAGAGAUUGUGGAAGCAAAGUUGAUAAAGACAGAAUUAACUUAUCAUGAUUUGUUUAGGGUGAAAUUAUCAGCAUAUCUUGUACUCAAAAGUAGAUAUAGAACUUAUCAUGAUUUGUUUAGCACCCAAUUUUUUUGGUCUGUAAUCUUCGGUUAGCUCUCUUGAGUUUGU